UGGUAGUCUGAUCUCUAUCAGCACAAACCGAACCAGAAAAGAUCUCUCUUGAUUUCGAAAAAUCUCUCCAGAUCUGAGCCGCAGUUUUCAAUUCCCGCAAUUUAAAUAUCUCAGAAUGUGGAAAACCGAGAGAGGACACUAAUAUCUCAAUUCUGCCCCAUUUUGUUUAUAUUCUUUUCUCUUUCUUUUGUAUACAAGAAAGGGGAGAGAGAGAGAGAGAGAGAGAGAGAGAAAGGAAGGAAGGAAUUUGUGGAGAUGGCAAAUAUUGGGCUGCUCACCAUUUGGCUCAACAAGAAGAUCGUCGAGCCUCUACUCGAAAUCCUUCGCAAGGGUGCCGAGCCUAAGCUGUUGGCCUUCUCUGCAGCUCUUGGCUUCACCAUUGGAUUGUUUCCAAUCUGUGGGACAACUGUGAUUAUCUGUGGGUUGGCUAUUGCAUCUCUUGGAUCCCACUGCCAUGCGCCAACUGUCAUGGUGAUUAAUCUCAUUGCUACACCAAUCGAACUGAGUUUAAUGGUACCGUUCCUGCGCUUUGGUGAAUACGUCUCUGGUGGACCUCAUUUUCCAUUGACUUCUGAUGCUUUGAAGAAAGUUUUAACCCUCCAAGCUUCGCAUGAAGUCUUAUUAAGUAUUGCACAUGCGUUGUUGGGAUGGCUUGUUGCGGCUCCUUUUAUUUUUGCCGCAGUGUAUAUACUCUCUUUACCAUUGUUUAAGGUGUUGGUUCACAAGUUUAGCACGCGUCCUUUAAGCCCAAAGAGAUCACUUUCACCAACAGAAGGCAGGCUUAAGGAUGACGAAAAAGAAAUUUGAUUGACAAGGUUGGAGGCUGAAUGCAUAGGGAGAUGCUGACAAAGUUGAUGAUGCUAAUCACGUGGUUUAAUGAUUGGGCAGGAUUGAUGAAGACGAGGGUUUGGUCAUUAACUGUGCCAUCAUUUGGGCAUUAUAUAUUACUAGCCUCGUUAGCCUCGUUACCCGUACGAUGUAUGUAUUGUUGGUGAAGGGAUGAAGACGAGGGUUUGGUCAUUAACUGUGCCAUCAUUUGGGCAUUAUAUAUUACUAGCCUCGUUACCCGUACGAUGUAUGUAAUAAUGUAUUAUUGGUGAAGGAAUGAAGAACGUUGAAGUUUGAAAUGACUUAAUACCUCGAAAGAACAAAUGUAGCACAUCAAAAUGCAUUUCUCCUCCAAGUACCCUGCGAUCACCGUUUUGUAUGUAUUGUUGCUGCAUAGAAAAGUUGAAGAAGAGAUUUCAAGUAGCAUUCAAAGAAUAGAAAAAGAAACCCCAAAAGGCCAAAACAAAUGGCUCACCGUUCAAUAAUUUUUCUUCUCCUGCUCUUUGCUGAUCUAAAAAUGGGAAAACAUGGGUUUG